AUGAAAGCCCAAAAAGGCACCAUCCACAGCAUCGAAGACGUAUCAACUUCGGACACAAAAUGGGUUGCCCUGCGCAAAAUCAACUGGACAGACCAAAGCAACACCUCCCGCACCUGGGAGGUUGCAUCUCGCAAAACACGCGGUAAAGCCGGCGUCGACGCCGUGGCUAUGGGAAACAUAAUCCUGCACCCUACCAAACCCGCAACCACGAUUCUAGUACUGCAAUAUCGGCCUCCCAUCGAUGCGAUCUCCGUGGAAUGGCCUGCAGGGCUGGUAGAUGCGGAUGAAAGCGUCGAAGACGCUGCAGUCAGAGAACUAAGAGAAGAAACAGGGUAUGAAGGAAAAGUAACUUCUGUGUCUCCGAUUGUUGCUGCAGAUCCAGGGAUGACGAGCGCGAAUAUGCAGUUGGCGAUGAUGGAGGUGCAGCUCAAAGAAGGAGAUAAAGAACCGGAGCAGCAGUUGGAUGAGGGAGAACAUAUUGAGAGGGUUGUUGUGCCGAUCAAAGAGUUGUAUGAGAGGUUGGUCGAGUACAGCAAGAUGGAGGGGUACAUGGUUAGUGCGAAGCUUUUCCAUUGGGCGCAUGGUGUGCAUAUGGCAAAGACGAAGAGUUAUCUGUAG